AUGAAGUGUCGCACAACGUAUAGCAGCAAGAAGAAGAUGAAAUUGGUGAGGUCUAUUCGCGAGGGAGGCAACAUUGAAGCUAUUGGCGAGGAGAGCGGUGUUCCGGCUCGAAACUUGUUCCGGUGGGCUGGAGAGGACGUUAAUUGGCGUGAGAACGGGAAUAAUGGCCCGUACAUCUUCAGCAAACGGCGCGGACCUGAUCCCACUCUGCCCAAGGAAGCCGAAAAAACGAGUGGUAUGCACCACCAGGACCAGGAGCUUCAUCAAAAGCAAUACCACGAUCAAAACCACGAGAACGAGCACAAACACGAAGAGGAACAAGGCAUGGAGAGCGAAUUGGUGCUAGUGCAGCAGCAGUCAGAAGUUGCUAGCAGUGAUACGGUUCUGUUCGAGGCGAGCUUCUAAAUACUCCGGUUUUUAAUACACCAUCUAUUUUGAUCC